CUGAAGCAGCGCGCGACUUUUCUCCUCGCGCCCCUGAGGUGUCCAGCCGCACACACUUGGAUUCACAGCGUCCGCUCCUCUCUCUGUGGCGAUGGUGAUUGACAGACAGAUGAUCUGACAGAGGAAGACAUCAGACGCUGUCGCUGUGCUGGUUAUUAUGGGGUGUACCUGUUGCAAGCAGAAAAAGUCCGUCAAAUCGAUAGGGGCAGAAUCAGCAACAAUAGAUGUUACGGAUCUGUCUGCAAACAAUGCAGAGGGAGGACAGUUGGGAGGAUUGUCCCAGCGUUACUGUCCUGACCCCACUAUCCCAGACUUCAACAAGCCUUUCCCGUCGCCUUCGGCCUUCCCCGCAACAAACACGCACCCCCGGCCCGGAGGCAUGGGUGGAGGAGUCACUCUCUUUGUAGCUUUGUAUGACUAUGAUGCUCGCACUGAGGAUGACCUUACCUUCCAGAAAGGAGAGAAAUUCCAAAUCAUCAACAACACGGAGGGUGACUGGUGGGAGGCCCGCUCGUUGAACACCGGCCACUCAGGAUACAUCCCCUCCAACUAUGUAGCUCCGGUCGACUCCAUACAAGCUGAGGAGUGGUAUUUUGGGAAAAUGGGGAGGAAGGAUGCAGAGAGACAGCUGCUGGCUCAGGGCAACCAGAGGGGAACUUUCCUCAUACGAGAGAGCGAGACCACCAAAGGGGCCUACUCUCUUUCCAUCCGUGACUGGGACGACACCAAGGGAGAUCAUGUCAAGCAUUAUAAGAUCCGCAAACUAGACAAUGGUGGCUACUACAUCACCACGAGGUCACAGUUCGACACUGUUCAGGAGCUGGUGGUCCACUACACAGAGAGAGCGGCGGGACUGUGCUGCCGUUUGAUGGGCAGCUGUAAGAGGGGCAUGCCUAAGCUGGCCGACUUAUCGGUGAAGACCAAGGAUAUGUGGGAGAUUCCCCGCGAGUCUCUCCAGCUGAUUAAGAAACUGGGCAACGGCCAGUUUGGAGAAGUCUGGAUGGGAAGUAAUGAUGGACUGUGUUAUUACCUGACCAAGGCCUGUCCAAACUCCACCCCUCUCACCUUGGGCCUUGGGCGGGAUGCCUGGGAGGUAGCGAGGGAAACACUGUCCAUGCAAAGGAAGCUGGGACAGGGGUGCUUCGGGGACGUCUGGAUGGGCAUGUGGAACGGCACCACCAAGGUAGCGGUGAAGACUCUGAAGCCAGGAACCAUGUCCCCCGAGGCGUUCCUGGAGGAGGCUCAGAUCAUGAAGAGGCUCCGGCACGACAAGCUGGUGCAGCUCUAUGCCGUCGUGUCUGAGGAGCCCAUCUACAUUAUCACUGAGUUCAUGAGCCAAGGAAGUUUAUUGGACUUCUUAAAAGAUGGAGAAGGGCAGAACCUAAAGCUGCCUCAGCUGGUGGACAUGGCAGCACAGAUUGCUGCUGGGAUGGCGUACAUCGAGCGGAUGAACUACAUCCAUCGCGACCUACGAGCUGCCAACAUCCUUGUUGGAGACAAUCUGGUGUGCAAGAUCGCUGACUUUGGCUUGGCCAGGCUAAUUGAAGAUAACGAGUACACGGCCAGACAAGGAGCAAAGUUCCCCAUCAAGUGGACGGCUCCAGAAGCUGCACUCUAUGGACGCUUCACCAUCAAAUCAGAUGUCUGGAGCUUCGGUAUCAUGUUGACUGAACUCAUCACUAAGGGACGCGUGCCCUACCCAGGCAUGAACAACCGUGAGGUGCUGGAGCAGGUGGAGAGAGGCUACCGGAUGCAAGGUCCCCAUGGCUGCCCGGCCUCGCUCCACGAACUGAUGCUGCAGUGCUGGAGGCGGGAGCCCGAUGAGAGACCCACCUUUGAGUACCUGCAGUCCUUCCUGGAGGACUACUUCACCGCCACAGAGCCACAGUACCAGCCAGGAGAAAACCUGUGACCGGUGUCGAGUCGGACAGAUGUGGAGCUAUAGCUGUACACAAAGAUACAGUGACUGAGAUGUUGAAGUCGUGCAUUUAUUUGUGCCUUCAGUGUUUUUGAUCCACACUUACUCAUAUGAAGAAACAUAUCAAUGACUUUUGACGUUUCCUUUGGUUUGGUUGCGGACCGCUGCAUUGUGCUUAGAGCAGAUCAGUUAUCCAUGUUGAGGAGUUGGAGCUCAUCUGGUCCGGCCUUGCAGUAAUGUUGCUUUACUCUGUAACCAUGACAACAGGCAACUGAAAGAAAAUGUAGAUGCUUGUGUUGAAGGGUGGGUUGAGGGAGUCCAGUGGGUGCAUGAUCUGUUCAGCUGCCAGAUUUCUUCAGGUCCUUUGAUUUCUUUUUUUUUGUUCUGUGUGCAGAAUGUCAUCAGAUUGACUAAUUUCGGCGUGAAAAAAUACGCUGAUGUAAAAGAAUCUCACCUGCAACAAGUUGCACAUCUUGAGGAAGCUCAGACGGCUGUCAGUGAGCCUUGUAUUCCUUUGUCUAACAAAAUCAUUAUACCAUUGUUCUUUAGCAGUAAUAGAGUGGAGGUCUGGGUUCAUUAUACUUAUAAUAUUUGAUUUAAACAAGGUCUGAUAUUAGAUCUAUAUCUGUUUCCUUAAACAAGUGCCUUUAGUGCUGUGCCAAAAGUGGAGGGGACAAGGAAUGUGCUUUACGUAUUAAUUGUUUCAAUUGUUUUAAUUUAACUGAAUUAUAUCUGUGCAUUCAAAACUGUUCUAUAUCUUGAAAACAUGUAUGCAUGUUUUUCGUUUUUUGAGAUAGGAGGGUUGAAAAUGGAAAACAUAAGAAAGAAUGGCCUCUGGCAGUGGAAUAUGAAGCAAUAGUGUUUUAAAUGUUUUUUAAUCAUUUUUUUCAUGAAUGUAACCAUUAUGUUGCAAACCCUUCUGUCAUUUUACUGUAAUAAAGAUCAGAUAUCUUUUCCAGGUCA